AUGGUCGAACAGGUCAAGGAAAUGCUGCUGCCGCCGAAAAAAGGUUUAUCUUCUGGUUUUGAGAGCACCAACACCACCACCACCGAUGCUACUCCAGCCAAAGGUGCAACUAGCAGUUUGCUAGUCACUGAAAGUCCGAAAAGCAAGAUGAUCUUUGCAGCCAAUUCCAAGCCGGUUCCCUCUUCUUCUUCUUCAGUUCCACUUUCUCAGCCGUUUUCGGGGCUUUACAAGCGAAUGGCCGAGAAUGAUGGAAACUACAACAGUCGGCCAGACAAGAAGAAAGCGGUCACUGUGGAACUGCAGAUUGAUGGUCCACUUGAUGACGAGAAUGGUUACGGUGACGUGGACAUCGAUGAUGGUGCUGGUGGUAGCGGUGACGCUGAACUGGUAGACAGCAGCAGUGCACUUCUCGACACAGACAUUGCCAACAUUCACAUUCCAAGUACCUCCAAUCAGCAGCCAACUCAUUCAGGAAAGCAUCCCUGCACUGAACCAAACUGUGGCAAGCACUUCAUAAGCAACGCCGAUCUCAAGCGACACUUGCGAACUCACACCAAAGUGAAACCAUUUGGGUGCACCUUUCCCGGCUGCUCGAAAGAGUUUGGACGUCGUCAUCACGCCAUCGGUCACAUUCUCAGUAUGCAUCUCAAGAAGAAGAAGAUGCCGGACGAUGCUGAAGAGGAAAGAGACAACAACAACGAACCACCUGAUCCGGCCAUUUAUCUCAGCGUCAAAGAAGAUCUUCUCUAA